GAACGAGCGUCGAGGGUAGAAAGAACUUCUUUCGCACGGCAGGGAAUGUUGUCAAGGCGCGUGCGUGUUGUGUGGGAUGAAUGUCGGGUUUUCGGGCGUGAGUUUUUUAACACGGCCGGAAGUGUCCAGAGAGACCUGAGCGGAGCGUUCAAUUUCUCUUUCCCCUCACUCACGGCGGGCGCUAUGGAGCCGGGAGCUUGAGGGCGUAGCGGCUGCCUUUACCCCAGACAUGUCAGCCGGUCGUCUCGGUGCAGUCUACUCUGCAGUAUAAAGGCAUUAUGUACUCAGAGUGGAGGUCUCUACACCUUGUAAUUCAAAAUGAUAAAGGUCAUACUAGCGUACUUCAUAGUUAUCCUGACAAUGUGGGAAGAGAGGUGGCAAAUGCUGUUGUUCGUCCCCUUGGCCAAAUCUUGAAUUCUUCAUCAACGGCUGGAAAUGAAAGUUUACUAAAAACUGACAAAGAAGUAAAAUGGACAAUGGAGGUGGUUUGCUAUGGGCUGACUCUCCCUUUGGAUGGUGAGACAGUGAAACACUGUGUUGAUGUAUAUACAGAUUGGAUUAUGGCUCUGGUUUUACCUAAGGAUACAAUUCCUCCACCUGUUAUUAAAGAGCCAAAUCUUUAUGUUCAGAGCAUACUCAAACAUCUACAGAACCUCUUUGUACCUAGGCAGGAUCAAGGUUCCAGUCAGAUUAAAUUGUGUUUGCAAGUUUUGAAAGCUGUCCAGAAAUUGGCUCAUGAAUCAACCAUUAUGGCUAGAGAAACAUGGGAAGUUUUAUUAUUGUUUCUACUACAGAUUAAUGAUACUCUACUGGCACCUCCAACAGUACAAGGUGGUAUUGCUGAGAAUCUGGCUGAAAAACUGAUUGGUGUGUUGUUUGAAGUCUGGUUGCUAGCCUGUUCUCGGUGUUUUCCCACACCACCUUACUGGAAAACUGCCAAAGAGAUGGUAGCAAAUUGGAGGCAUCAUUCUGCAGUGGUAGAGCAGUGGAGUAAAGUCAUAUGUGCACUUACUGCUAGAUUGUUGCGUUUUACAUAUGGACCUUCAUUUCCACCGUUUAAAAUUCCUGAUGAGGAUGCAAACUUGAUACCUCCUGAAAUGGAUAAUGAAUGUGUUGCCCAGACUUGGUUUCGCUUUUUACAUAUGCUGAGCAAUCCUGUGGAUUUGAGUAAUCCAGCGAUAAUAAGCUCUACCCCCAAAUUUCAGGAACAGUUUCUAAAUGUGAGUGGCAUGGCUCAGGAAUUGAAUCAGUAUCCCUGCCUUAAACAUCUGCCUCAAAUAUUCUUUCGUGCUAUGCGUGGGAUCAGUUGUCUAGUGGACGCAUUUCUAGGAGUUGCUGCAUUUACAACCAGUGGGUGUGAAAGAUUACCCAGAUAUGGUAUUUCAAGGCCUCGCGCUGACAGUGCUCCACCUACACCAGUAAAUAGAUUGAGCAUGCCUCAAACUGCAGCUGUUAAUACAACCCCACCUCAUAAUCGGAGACAUCGUGCUGUAACUGUGAAUAAGCCAACAAUGAAAAACAGCACAGCUAACACCGCUCAUGCUUCCAAACACCAGCCAUCUUCUACUUCUCCGCUGUCUAGCCCAAACCAGACCAGUUCUGAACCUCGACCGUUACCUGCUCCUCACAGGCCAAAAGUUAAUAGUAUCUUGAACCUCUUUGGAUCGUGGCUGUUUGAUGCAGCCUUUGUUCAUUGUAAGCUUCAUAAUGGCAUAAACAGAGACAGCAGUAUGACUGCUAUAGCAACACAAGCUAAUAUGGAAUUUCGCCGGAAAGGUUCACAAAUGUCUGCAGAGACUAUGGCUUCCAAUCCUAUGUUUGAUGCAGGGGAAUUUUCUGACAACUAUGAAUCUGGCAGAGCAGAGGCAUGUGGAACACUUUGUAGAAUAUUUUGUAGCAAGAAAACUGGAGAAGAUAUACUGCCAGCCUACUUAUCCCGGUUUUACAUGCUUUUAAUUCAGGGACUGCAGAUAGCUGAUUCUAUUUGCCACCCAGUUCUAGCUAGUGUCAUCUUAAACUCUCCUGCCUUGUUUUGCUGUGACCUGAAGGGGAUUGAUGUCUUGGUUCCUUACUUCAUUUCAGCACUUGAAACUAUCUUACCUGACAGGGAACUAUCAAAAUUUAAAACAUAUGUGAAUCCCACGGAACUAAGAAGGGCCUCUAUCAAUAUUUUACUCUCCUUGUUGCCUCUUCCCCAUCAUUUUGGAACAAUCAAAUCAGAGGUUGUUCUGGAAGGAAAAUUCAGCAAUGAUGAAAGUUCAUCCUAUGAUAAACCAGUAACCUUCCUUUCUUUGAAGCUGAGACUUGUGAACAUAUUAAUUGGAGCAUUGCAGACAGAAACAGACCCCAACAACACACAGAUGAUUCUAGGUGCGAUGUUGAACAUUGUGCAAGAUUCAGCACUUCUAGAAGCCAUUGGUUGCCAGAUGGAAACGAAUGGUGGUGAGAAUAUUGUCUUGAAAAGCCACAGUCGCACUAACAGUGGCAUUAGCACGGCAAGUGGAGGAAGCACAGAACCCACAACUCCUGACAGUGAGAGACCUGCACAAGCUCUGCUAAGAGAUUAUGCUCUUCAUACAGAUACUGCAGCUGGGCUCCUGAUCCGUAGCAUUCAUUUGGUAACACAAAGGCUCAACGCACAGUGGAGACAGGAAAUGAGCAUCUCGCUAGCUGCAUUAGAGCUACUCUCGGGUCUGGCAAAGGUGAAGGUUGGUGUUGACUCUUCUGAUAGGAAGAGAGCAAUUAGCUCUGUGUGCUGUUACAUUGUGUACCAGUGUAGUCGUCCAGCUCCUCUCCAUUCUAGAGAUCUCCAUUCCAUGAUAGUAGCAGCAUUUCAGUGUCUCUGUGUGUGGCUCACUGAACAUCCAGACAUUCUUGAUGAAAAGGAUUGUUUAAAAGAAGUAUUGGAGAUUGUGGAACUGGGUAUCUCAGGAAGUAAAUCCAGAAGUAGUGAACAAGAAAUUAAGUACAAAGGAGAUAAAGAGCCAAAUCCUGCUUCCAUGAGAGUGAAGGAUGCAGCUGAAGCUACCCUCACAUGCAUCAUGCAAGUUCUUGGAGCUUUUCCUUCACCCAGUGGUCCUGCUUCCCCUUGCAGCUUAGUAAAUGAGAUCACCUUAAUUAAAUAUGCUCGUCUGCCUUCUAUAAACAAAUACAGCUUCCGUUACUUUGUCCUGGAUAACAGUGUCAUCCUUGCAAUGUUAGAGCAGCCUUUAGGGAAUGAGCAAAAUGACUUUUUUCCUUCAGUCACCAUUCUGAUCCGUGGGAUGUCUGGAAGGCAUGCAUGGGCACAACAACUUUGCCUUUUGCCAAGAGGAGCCAAAUCAAAUCAAAAGUUGUUUGUCCCAGAACCUCGUCCCACACCUAAAAAUGAUGUUGGAUUCAAAUACAGUGUGAAACACCGGCCAUUUCCUGAGGAAGUGGACAAAAUUCCUUUUGUGAAAGCAGACCUGAGCAUUCCAGACUUGCAUGAGAUAGUUACUGAGGAACUGGAAGAACGUCAUGAGAAGCUGAGAAGUGGAAUGGACCAGCAAGUUCUUUAUGAGAAAUCUAUAGAUCAGCAAAUGGAAGAAGAAUGGAGGAAGAAAAACUUCCCUGAUCCAGUCACAGAGUGUAAGCCGCCACCUCCUGCACAGGAGUUCCAAACAGCACGCCUCUUCCUUUCUCACUUCGGAUUUCUAUCACUAGAAGCAUUGAAGGAACCUGCUAAUAGCAGACUACCUCCUCACCUGAUUGCACUUGAUUCUUCUCUGCCUGGGUUUUUUGAUGAUAUUGGUUAUCUGGACUUGCUGCCAUGUCGUCCUUUUGAUACUGUUUUCAUUUUCUACAUGAAGGCAGGCCAAAAAACAAGCCAAGAAAUUUUGAAGAACGUAGAGUCUUCCAGAAAUGUUCAACCUCAUUUCCUAGAGUUCUUGCUAUCUCUUGGAUGGUCCGUUGAUGUGGGCAAGCACCCUGGAUGGACAGGGCAUGUUUCAACUAGCUGGUCCAUUAACAGCUUCUGUGAUGAGGAGGGGUCAGAGCAAGAUGAAGUAAUCUGUUCAGAAGACAUGGGAGCAAGUAUUUUCAAUGGGCAAAGGAAAGCAUUGUAUUACGCAGAUGCUCUUACAGAAAUAGCUUUUGUUGUUCCUUCGCCUGUGGAGUCCUUAACAGAUUCAUUGGAAAGCAAUGUCUCAGACCAAGAAAGUGAUUCUAACAUGGAUCUCCUACCUGGGAUACUAAAGCAGCAAGCACUGACACUUGAGCUGUUUCCCAAUCAUACAGACAAUCUUAGUACUUCACAGAGGCUCAGUCCAACUUCCAGAUCAAAGAAGCUGCCACAAGGUCGGGCCGUUCCCCCAAUGGGACCUGAAACCAAGGUGUAUGUGGUUUGGGUUGAACGUUAUGAUGAUAUAGAGAAUUUCCCUCUCUCUGACUUGGUUUCAGAGACUAGCACUGGAGUAGAAACUACAACAAAUAGCAACACUUCACUGAGGUCUGCUACUCCUGAAAAAGAAGUGCCAGUGAUUUUCAUCCAUCCCCUCAAUACUGGAUUAUUCAGGGUAAAAGUACAAGGAGCUACUGGAAAAUUCAAUAUGGUUAUCCCUCUAGUGGAUGGCAUGAUAGUUAGCAGGAGAGCUCUAGGAUUCUUAGUGAGACAGACAGUAAUAAAUAUUUGUCGAAGAAAAAGGUUGGAAAGUGACUCAUACAAUCCCCCUCAUGUACGUCGAAAACAGAAAAUAGCUGACAUUGUCAAUAAAUACAGAAACAAACAGCUGGAACCAGAGUUUUAUACCUCUCUUUUUCAAGAGGUUGGACUUAAAAACUGUAAUCCUUAGACCAGGACUUUCUUUGAACAAUUAAAUUGCAGCUUGGUGUCUGCAACAAUGAAAUAUAAUCUUCCCACUUGUCGACCUCUGGUGUAAACCACAUUCUGAGCAUGACUUCUGCUUCUACUCAAGAAAAUAAAGAGGACUUGCCUUUGGCUCCAGUCCUGCAGUUUUUCUGAGCACAUCAUCACACCUUCAGAUGCUGCAGAGGGACAAGCUUUGAUAAUGAAUAAUUAUUUAUUAAUAGACAAUAUAAUGGAUGUAUAGCAAAUAGAAGGUUAACUACACUUCUCAUGAUUUUCCAUGUUCACAAAAAAAAAAAAAAAGCCAGAUUCUGAGCAUAGAGUUAACACCUGAAGUUUCAUAUUUGGUUUCUCUACCAGAUUAGACUCAAGGGCAAAUUAUUUUAGAUAAAUUAUUUUUGUGUCUGGCUGCUUGGUUUGCUUUUUCCUUUACAAGCAGGUUGGAUACAUGAUUUUAUUUAACAUCUAACCAGAAAAUUCUGUUUGGAUCUUGUCUUCUACUUCCAAAGCCAUGGACUGGUUGCUAAAUGUUUUAUCUUUGUAAGUUGUUAUUGUCUUUAUCUUCUGCUAGUCUGUCUAGAAUAAAAAUCUUGAGCCAUUGGCUUAAGUGAAGAGAGAAGCAAAAAUACUUUCUUUGGAGUAUAAACCAUUCAUCCUUGUUCUGUGGUUAGUUUUGGAAUAUGCCUGGGUUGCUGACAUCUGAGCUAUCCUCCACAAUUUUUUGAGAGACAAGCAAAACCCUUGUUAUGGAAUUUGGUACAGUUGGAUGUGUGUUGUACAUGUAAACACACCUACACACUCACACAUGAAAACUAGCUACUACUAGAAACCUAAAUUACAGAUUUCAGAAUCACAAUCAUGCUUUCACUCAUUUCAGCUGAAUGCAGGACUUGGCAAACAUUCACUGUCUAACGUCAAGGGAAAUAAAGAACACACACAUUUAAUAUGUCAUAAAAUUGUUGUUGAAAUCAUUGGGCUAGCUACAUAUUUCAGAAAAAUUGUAAUUCUCAAAAUUUUACUUUUUUUGGCCCUUGUUGCAAGUAUAGAAUACUAGAAUUGACAUUAGAAGAGAUGAUUCUGCCAAAAACUGAGCACUCAUGCCAAUGUACUCCCCCACCCCUGGACUAAUAACAUCAGAACACCUAUUUGUACAAAAUACAUGUUGCAUAAUGGUUGAAAGAUGGUCUUCCUUCAUUGCAUUGAUUGCUAUGUUCUGUACUACUAAAAGUUAACAGGGUCUACAAUUUUUGGUGGAUGCCAAGCAUGAGAUUCUUAUAAUGUCUACAAGCCUUGAAAAUCUUUGCAUAGCUCCAAAGAUGAUAUAAUUAAUGGCUGAAGUAGACAUAGGGCAGGAUAUAAAUGCUUUUAGAGAACUUUUGUUAACACAUCUAAAAAUUAACCUUCACAUGUUGUAAAUGUAAAUAAUUUCUUCCCAGAGAGUAUCCAGAAUAUUUCAGGGACAGAUCUUUCUGGGGAGCAUGGGUAAGCAAUCAAAAAGAUCCUAUGAACCUGGAUUUGAAAAUAAUUCCUAUUGAUUCAAUGGAUUGUAAUUUUUAAUAAAUAUAUCAGGAGAUACUUAAAUAAAUAUAUCAGGAGAUACAGAAGAAUUCACUUCCUGAUUUUCCAGCACAAUUUGGUGCUUUGUUCUUUUGUUUCCUUUUUUUUCAACCAUCCUAACAUAGAUCAGAAUUUUUAAAAAAUUCUAUUUAAUGAUAGAACAGUGCUGCAGAAGUAGGAAAUUAAACACUUUGCCACAAAGUCACUGGAUUAACUUCGUAAUAGCCCCAUAAUAUUUAGGGCUGGUCACCUAUGUAUCAAGGUAAUAAAUAGUCUAGUAACUCUCUGCUAUUGAAACAAAGCUGAUUUAGAGAAUAAAUCUAAAAGAAUAAGGAACUUGUAAUAUUAAAUAUGCCUUGGAUACUUAGUAGGGAGCUUAUGCAUUAUUUUGGUUUUAAACAUGAUAAUCUCUUCUGCUGACUUACUUUGAUGAACAAAUGGCCAGUAAUCAUCUCCAGAAAGUGAAACUUUAGCUGUGUGUUAUAUUGUUAGUCCCUUCCCAUUCUAAAAUUAAUUAUUAUGGUAAAUUCAUUUUCUAUAGCAAAGUAAGUGUAUAUCACAAAAUGUGAAUAUUGAUUCUCUUACUCUUGCUGGCAACAGUUAAAUCUUUUGCAAAACACUUCAUAAAUUGUGCUUUUCCUUUUUUAUAUCCAGUUUUACCAGGGCACAUGGCAUAGAAUUAAAAGGAACCAUAUGUAUAAAACAUACAUAUGACGGUUCCUUUUUAGAUCCAUAUCAUUCUAAAUACUGAUAUGUAAGGAGAUGCUUUCAGGCCAGGGGGGCAGGCAAACUCUAUUCAUCCAGUUUGCCUGCAAAAGUUAUUUUUUUAACUACUAAAAUUCCAAGAAAAAGUAUUUUGGGACAAACAACAGUGGGAGUCUUUUCUUUCCUCUUUUCUUUAUAGUAAAGUUAUGCCAAAGAAAUAACAACGUCCAAGUGUGGACCAAUUUGCAAGAAGAGAAGUUGAAAAAGUUACUACCUUUGACUGUGUGUGUGUGUGUGUGUGUGUGUAAAAAUACUUUGCAGCUGGUUUCUAACUAUUAGUGAUGAGAAUGGUUCGCUACUCUAAGAGGGAUAACCUUUAUUCUUUAGUGUUACAAAUUGUGAUCUUUUUGAAGAGGAAAGUGACCCUAAAAAUAAUAGUUUUUAGAGAAGAUUCAGCAACAGACAAGAUUGAAUUAGCAUUGAAUUAGCAAGGUGGUGAUUAUUGUUUUGGUAGGUCCAAAUGUACCUAUUUGGAAAAUAAGGACAUACAAUAAAAUUAAUUCCAAAGUCUAGCAGGUUUCUAAGUAAUAGGCGGACUGGAACUACAUAUAGCAAGGGCAAUGAGGAUCCUGAGGUAUAUAGGCUUUUAUAUCGCACAUUGUAUUUGAUACUGAAGACUUGCCAAUAUUAAUCCAGUGCAUGAGCACUAACUUAAUUGUAGACUUGCUUAGAUACUGUUUAGCUCUAUAAAUUGACCAGUCACAUUUAGUCCCUAGAUUAAACGGCAUGACCAAUGCAUGGCUACCACAAAAACUGUAAUGAACAUUGAACAAUUGAGUGUCUGCAUAUAUACAUCAAUUGCUGACAUAGCUAUAAUUGUUUGAAUCAUAUAUGUACUCUGGACAAACCCACUAGUUAAUAUAACAUCUUAAUUAAACAGGUGAAAAAGAAAAAUCUACAAUGACUUUUAAACUAAUUAGAAACAGGGCAAGACUUAAAAUAAAUUGCCUUUAACUAUCCAUUCAAGUUUAAAGAUCUAUAACUCAGCAAAAUAAAUUUUAGUCUGUUAAACUCUUCUAUGAAACCACAAGAAACAUUUAGCUUGUAAAGAGGUUGUUUCUUUUUCCUUUCCCCACAAGUUCCUUUUUCUUCUGUAUGUCUAAAUUUAUCCCCAUGGCUUGAUUGGACUUUAUUAUUUGUUUAAGCAGCCUUAAGUAGAUUUCAAAAACCUCUCAAGUAGGCAAACUGCCCUGAAUCUAUUUGCAUAAAUCUUCCUAAUUUAAAUCUGUUUAUUAUUACAUAAAAUGUCUUGGUGUUGAGGCCUAUUUGUAAUACUGCUGAUAAAAAUGAUAAGGCAGAAUAUGCAACAGAAAUUGCAUCAAACAGUACUGAGUGUUUAAAAGAAAUGUAUAAGGGCUUGCUUCCACUGCAUUCUCCCAGAUAAUGCAUAUGAUGUGGUCCUCUGUACAGAUGCUGGUUGUCUGUUUUCUAUGUAUAGUUGAGAAGGCUUCCAAAUGCACUGGUAACUUUCUAUUUUCUGUGCAGAGCUGUUGAUUGAUUGCAAUAAAAUGUUUUGUCUAGACCUGUCAAAAAUAGUUGCAUUUGAAAACUUAAUUUUUGGAUCAACUGAGACAUCAGACAUCCUUCAUUAGCCUGCCCCAAGCUGAUAGAAGGUAGUUCCAGAUGUUGCUGGCCAUCCCAUCCUGGGAAUUCUGAGAAUCCAACACUUCUGCAGGGCAUUAAUUUGGAGAAAGUUGUCUAAUAUAAAUAAAUUUCAGGGUAGCCAUUACAUUUCCAAAUUUUAUUUUGAAUACUAUUCCACAAGGUAAUUAAAGAGACUGUACAUCUAUAAAGCAGACAGCUUUCCUACCAUUAAUGCUGCUGCUUUCCUAUUUUUCAUUUUGUACUCUUUUAUUCUAGUCUCUUGAUGAGAUACAAUAUUAGGGCUACACAUAUUUAUCCUGUCUGUUUCUGUCGUAAGAUAUGCUUACCAUCCUUUCAGUAGAUCAGUAUAUUGGUAUAAAUUGAGGAAGAAAAAAAAUGCAAUCUUCAUAGCACUUCCACAUAAAAAAUGUCUGUUUUAGUACUGUCAACAAAAAGUUUUCACUUAAGAAACAUGAAGCCCUUUUCUUAAGCAGAUUUUCAACCAUUUAUUAAUGUACAGCAUGCGUGCGUGCGUGCGUGUAUGUAUGUGUGUAUAUAUAUAUAUAUAUAUAUAUAUAUAUAUAUAUAUAUAUAUAUAUAUAAACAAGAGGUGGCAGCUGAAGGGAAUCAUGUCUGAAGUAAGUAGCUAAUCUGUAUGCAAUGCAGCUGGAGCACAGCUGCAGGAAACAAAGCUUGUUUCCAAUCCUCAGAAUCUUAUUUGCUUCAAUGGGUCGUGAACAGAUAGGAGUGCCUUGAGAAUUGGACUGCCCAAUAUGUGAAGUUGCUUCCCAGUCAGGAAGCAUACAAUUGUCAUGCAGCUGAACAUUUGGCACAGGAGGAUUAUAGGACUACAAUUUAAGAUGAACAGGGAACAAAAAUACAACCAUGACUCAGUGAUACGUUCACAAUCAUAAGAAGGUAUCUUAAGAGUUGUUUCAAGAGUGCUUUGAAAGAGAUGGCUAGAUACCAUAUGCUUAAAAUCAUGUACAAUUAUGUAUAAAGUUCUGUAUGUUGCCAAGACAUGAUUUUUUGUUUUUACUGUAUUUUCUGUAAAUAAUUCUAGCACUAAGUUGUAAAAGUAGACUGUAAAUACAAAGAUGUGAAGCUGUGCUCCUCUGUCUCUUGUAUUUUAUCUCUUGUUUAGAGAAGGCACAAAGGCUUGUUUGUAUUUAUGCCAACUCCUUGUCCAGAAGAAACACAUCAGAUACUGAAUGUAACACAAUUAGUCAAAUAAAUUUUAAAGAUAUUCUUAUGUA